UAGAAAGUGUUGUCAAUCUCUGCAUUGGACUUGUAAGAAAGGAGCAUUUGAUGCUUGAACACAUUUUGAUUUCAUUACAAGGAAAGUUGGCCUGGUACUGGUGUACCAUAAAAAAACAGAGGCCCUAGACCCCAUGGAAAAGCACAUUGGUCAACAGAACAUGCCAUCUUAUUUUCCAUUUAUGCACAGCUUUCAUCGACCAUCUCAAAUCUUCUUAGCAUUCCUUUCUCUUCAUCCUCCAGUUGCCAAACCUACAAAGUACAAACCUAAUAGCUACUUCUCUUCUCUAGAUAGACUCAUAACGCUCACAAUGAACAUAUUUUCUGCAGAAUAAAGCUUCUUCAA